AUGUCGUCGUUGAAAUAUGACAUAGAGAAAUUUGACAGGAAAAUCAAGUUUGGUUUGUGGCAAGUACAAGUUAGGGAUUUAUUGAUUCAAACUGGACUGCACAAGGCUUUGAAAAGAAAAUCAACCAAGAGUUAUUGCAAUGAAGCUAAAUCCAGUAUGAGCAAUGAGGAUUGGGAAGAAUUGGAUUUGAAGGCUGCAAGCAUAAUACGUCUCUGUCUAGCUAAAAACGUUCUUACAAAUAUUCAUAGAAUAUCUGCUACAAAGGAACUAUGGGAGAAGUUAGAAGAACUAUAUCAAACGAAGAGCCUCUCAAAUCGAUUGUACUUGAAGGAGCAAUUUCAUUCAUUGCUCCUGGAGGCAGGUACGAAAAUCUCAAACCAUCUGAGUGUUCUCAAGGGAAUUGUUUUAGAACUGGAGGCUAUUGGAGUGAAGAUAGAUGAUGAGGAUAAGGGGAAGGAAACUGUGAGUUUUGUAGAAGUGAAAAGCAACUUGAUCUCAGAAGAAAGAAGACUAGGGGGACAGAAUACUCCAUCUGACAAUCUGCGAAAUUGUCUAAAAGGUGAAGCACGGUCAGCUAAUUGCUUGGGGUCGGACAAUGUGUCUCUCUCGACGGAGGUGGACGCGGAUGUAUGUGAUGGUACUGUGAUGUCGAUGAUUGAUGAGCUCUCUGGAAAAAGUAUGAGACUGUUAAAGAGAGUAUUCGUUGUUGAUAAAGAGUCAUUAUGCUCCAUGGGUUCUGAGCACCGUGAACCUAUCGAUGCACACCAAGGGAAAGACACCAUAUUCGAGAUUCGAAAAUUCGACGGCGAAGAAAUUGAAGCAAAAACUAGGUCGAAUAAGGUUUUUUUGGAAAGGAAAUUUGAGGACACAGCUUUCUUGAGAUUGGGUGAUGGAAUUAGCCCUACAUGCGAUACCUAUGGGAUCCAGAUUGGUGAUGGCCAAGCCAUCUUUCACAUUGCUUCUUUAGUUCCAACAACCAUCCAUCUAUUAUCUAUAUAUAAUCCAGUAAGACCUGAUAAUUGUCUACCCAUGAGAGAAUAUAUUAUUUCAUUAUUUGAUCCUCCUUUUCAUUCUUCUCUUUUGUAUAAACUAAUUUUACUUUUUUGUGCAGAGAAGUCAACUAUUUUAGGGCAACUUGAUCCCCAUGGGGAAGAGAACGAUUUAGAAGAAAGACUCGUGGCAGAGGAAAAUAGGAAGAAGAGCAAGAAAGAGGUCAUGAAUGAGAUUAUUUUGAAGAGCAAAUUUUUCAAGGCUGAAAAGGCGAAGGAUAAAGAAGAAAAUGAACAGUUUAUUGAACAAUUGGACAAAGAUUUUGCAUCUAUAGUUCAGUCUAAGGCAUUGUUAUCAAUGACACAACCCAACAAAAUGAAAGCUUUGAAAGCUCUUGUAAACAAGAAUAUCUCAAUUGAUCAUGCUGAGAAAGAAGGAACCAGUGCUGUCCAGGAUAAAUUUUCCUUUCAACAGGAAAAGCCUGAUACUUAUGACAAACUUUUCGGUGAGAUGGCAAUGGAUAUGCGUGCUCGACCUUCAGACCGUACAAAGACACCUGAAGAGGUUGCUCAAGAGGAGAAAGAGCGCUUAGAGCGGUUGGAGGAAGAACGUCAAAAGAGGAUCGCUGGUGAUGACUCCAGUGAUGAAGAUAUUGAUGAGGAGGCUUCCACUAAGCAGCAAAGAUCUAUAUCUGGAGAUGAUCUCGGUGAUUUCUUCUCUCAUGAUGCACUGCCAAGAACUAAAUUGGGCUUGAUUUCUGAGAUCUUGAGAAGUGAGAAUGAAAAUGAUCUCGAGAGUGAUGAUGAUGAUGAUGCUGCUUCUGAAGAUUCAGAAGAUGACAAGGACAAUGAUGAUGACGAAGGAUCUGAUGAUGACGAUGACGACGACGACAGCAAGAUUCAAUCUCUCAAGGACUGGGAGCAAAAUGAUGAUGACAAUAUUGACAGUUAUUCAGAAGAUGGAGGAGAAGAUGAAGAUGGCGAUAUUGAUAGUGAAGAUGAAAAAGAUGAUGAUAUUGGCAUAUGUGUGGAGACGACAAAUGAUAAGAAGCCAUCAGGAAGUAAGGGAAAGCAAAAGGAUAGUUUGGGUGCCGGCAAAGUGAAAGAAAAUAUCAAAAAAAAUAUACUUGAGCAAGGGGAACUUCCCUAUACAAUUGAAGCUCCUCGAUCCUUUGAAGAAUUUAGUGCACUAUUGGAUAAUCGUUCUGGUGAUCAAAUUGUUGAAGCUAUCAGGCGAAUCCGUACAUUUAAUGCAAUUUCUGUUGCCGUAGAGAACCGGAAGAAAAUGCAGGUAUUUUAUGGUGUGUUGUUGCAAUAUUUUGCUGUUUUGGCUAAUAAAAAGCCACUGAAUAUCAAGCUACUGAAUUUGCUUGUCAAGCCACUGCUGGAAAUGAGUUCAGAGAUCCCAUACUUUGCAGCAAUAUGUGCUCGUCAAAGGUUGCUUCACACUCGGACCCAGUUUUGUGAGGAUGUUAAGAAUACAGGUUGUUGGCCUUCUAUGAAGAUUCUAUUUCUUUUGAGGCUGUGGUCCAUGAUUUUUCCUUGCUCUGAUUUUCGCCAUGUGGUCAUGACACCUGCCAUCUUGUUGAUGUGUGAAUACCUUACACGGUGUCCUGUAAUGUCUGGUCGGGAUAUUAUAAUUGGUUCCUUUUUGUGCUCUAUGGUGCUCUCUAUCAGUAGACAAUCUCAAAAGUUUUGUCCUGAGGCAAUAAUGUUCAUACAAACUUUGCUAAUGGCAGCUUUGGAUAAAAAAACAAGUAUUUUUAUUGUUAUGCAGCUGUAUCGUCUUAUGGAAAUUAAAGCACUCAGGCCACUUCUCUGCUUGCAAGGUCAAGUGGAAAAGAUCAAUUCACUAGAUUUCCUAAUGUUAAUGGACUUGCCAGAUGACUCACCUCAUUUCAUCUCAGAUACAUUCAGGGCCGGCGUUCUUUUUGCUAAUAUUGAAACACUGAAAGGAUUUGUGAAAAGUUAUGAAGGAUUUAAAUCUUUUCCAGAGAUAUUUUUGCCAAUUUCCAAAUUACUCGGUGAAUUGUUGAAACAAGAUUACAUACCAGAUGCAUUACAGGUCCAAAUCAUAGACGUUAACCAACUUAUUGAAAAGAAAGCACAGGAAUACCACUUGCUGCGCCAACCAUUACGAAUGCGAAAGCCAAAGAUUAUUAAAACUGAGAUUCCUAAGUUUGAAGAGAACUUUGUAAAGGGAAGAGAUUAUGAUCCAGAUCGUGAGCGAGCUCAAAGGAAAAAAUUAAAGAAACUUUUGAGACAGGAAGCUAAAGGUGCCGCCCGUGAAUUGCGGAAAGAUAAUUACUUCUUGUUGGAGGUUAAGGAAAGGGACAAGGCACAACUGUCAGAAGAAAGAGCUGAAAAAUAUGGACAAGCUAAAGCUUUUCUCCAAGAACAAGAGCAUGCAUUUAAAUCGGGACAAUUGGGAAGAAGCAAGAAGAGGAGGAGAUGAAGUCUAUAUAUUUUGUAGUUUGUCUUCAUUUCGUUGUGUGAUUUGAGUGCCCUGCUUGCCAUUCAUUGGGCACAAGCAAGCUCUGUUCAUGUUCGUAUAUUGAACUGAGACGAUAGGCAUCAAUUCUUGAUCGAGCAAACUUCAGUCAAGUUCUGAAAUUUGCGUAUCAUCUAUAAAUUAUGGAGUGCUUUAACCCAAUAGGGUAGUUCAGUGGUCAGGUAUUGGGUUUGAUCUCCAAUGGUCACCAAUUCGAAUCCCCUUAGAGCCACUAAAGAGAGUAUCCGACUGUAAACUUUAGGGUUUCGUGGAAUUAGUUGAGGUGUGCGUAAAUUAGUCCGGACAUUUAUGGUCAUAAAAAUAAAUAAAAAAUAUUAUGGAGUGCUUUAUUUUGCCAUGUGUAAUUUAUCAUUUUCAUCGCAAUUACUUGUGCCCACUUCCCAAAAAAGGUGAAAAUUAUUAAUCUAAAUUGAAAUUAUAUUUGA